AUGGCCACACCAAUUGAUGUUAACAGUGAUGCUCAAUGGACCAGAGCUACUUAUGCUGGUGUUGUGGGAAGAGCUUAUGAUCUUCUUCAGAACCCUGAGAAAUUGAUUUUUCCACAAGAAUUCCAUGAUAAUGCUGUUGGAAAAAAUAAUUGUCCUUACAUCCAUCCACUUGGUUUCAAAGAUGGGGAGACAGCUGUUUAUUUCUCAAAUCAAGAUUUGCUCACUUUGAAGGAUGAAGUUAAGUUUACUUUAAUUGGUAAGUUUCAAUUUUGGCAUCCUAAGAUAGAACUUGUUAGGAAAUUCUUUGAAUCUCUUAACUUCAUUGGGGCUUGGAGAAUAAGACUCCUAGAUUGGAUACACCUUUUAAUUCAGUUGUCUGUAGAAGAGGAUUAUGCCAGAAUUUUUGCAAAGCAAUCUUUAGUGACUGCAGAAGUUACAAUGAAAAUACAAAAAUGGACUUCAGACUUUGAUCCAAGUAAAGAGCCUCCAGUGGUGCCUAUUUGGUAUAAACUUCCAGACCUUCCCCUCCCCUUCUUCAAGUUUAUUGCCCUUUUCAACAUUGGAAGGGCAUUGGGGACACCUCUUAAGGUGGACACUCCUACUUUCAACAAAGCUAGACUAGCUAUUGCUAGAAUACAGGUGGAAAGAGAUGUUACUCUUCCUGAGGUAAAAAGGAUAUGGAUUGGAUCUGAAAAUGAGGGUUUUUGGAAGGAAACUCUUGCUGAACAAAAGCCUUACUAUUGCCAACAUUGUAAAAUGUUUGGCCAUAUUUUGGAUAGAUGCUAUAGGCUUCACCCCCCUUCAAGAAAGACCUCUAAUGCUCAAGCUAAAGAGACACAUGUUGACAGUGAACAAGUGACAAGAACUGCCAAUGCAGAAGUUCCUACACGGGAGGGAGCUUGUCUCAAGAAUUGCCAUUGA